UUUUGUUUUUCCCUUUCCCUUCAACCAAAAUUAAUCUCCUCCUUUUAUUUUCACACGUGUCUUCCAUCCAAUGGAACUCUUUCCCCCCUCAAUCCUUUGACUUUGACUGCCCUAGUCAAUCCAACCCUAACCCAACUCUCAAACUCUCUAAUACAUAUGUAUUCUUUUUUCUCUUUUUCUUUUUUGGUGUGUGUGUACAUAUAUAUGACCCUUUCUUCAACUCACUCUUUUACAAAUAAAUAAUUCUUUCCCUUUCUUUCUUCUUCUUCUUCUUCUUCUUCUUCCUCUUCAACUUCCCAUGGCAUUUUUUGAUCCUAUCAAUUCAUCCAACUUGGAUCUCUCCAUUUCCAUGCCUGGCUUUUCUUCUUCACCACUGACCACUCGUCCUUUGUUCGUGAGAGAAUUGGACAUGAACCGAGUACCCGCGGAGGGAGAAGCAGAAGAAGAUUGGGCGAGGGGGCCGAGCGUGGAAGAGGGGGAAGAAGAAAGCUCCAUUAAUAAUAAUGGAGGUACUCAACCAAGGAAGAAGCUUCGUCUGUCGAAAGAUCAGUCCCGCCUUCUUGAAGAAAGCUUUAGGCUCAAUCAUACAUUAAACCCUAAGCAAAAGGAAGGUUUGGCUAUGGAGUUGAAGCUGAAGCCAAGACAAGUUGAAGUUUGGUUUCAGAAUCGUAGGGCCAGGAGCAAACUGAAGCAAACCGAGUUGGAAUGCGAAUAUAUGAAGAGAUGUUUUGGAUCAUUAACGGAGCAAAACCGUCGGUUGCAGUGGGAACUGGAGGAGCUAAGAGCCAUCAAGGUUGCUCCCCCUGCCGUUGUCUCACGACACAAUCGACACCCGCCCCUCUUGAUGAGGUCUACUAUAACCAUAUGUCCCCGGUGUGAACGUAUAAUUUCCAGUAAGAACACUGUUGCUGAUCAGACCGCCACCACUGCGACUGCGAUGCCGUCGAAGGUGGUUUUGUCCGCCCUCCAAUUGCGGCAGCCGUCGCAAGCUUGUUGAAGAAUGCUAGCUAGAAAUGAACUAAUAAUUAUAACUUACUAUUUCUUUUUUUAUUUUUAAUGUACAAACGAUGGUGAAUUUUCUUAACUUAUUUAUUAGUUUUUAUGUAAAAAAAAAUAGUAAGUUAUACAAAUAGAAAGGAUAAAGUGUUAUUAGAAAAACUUGGGGACUAAUGUUUAUGGUAAUUCUACCAACACCUUCUCACCACAACCCCAUCUUUUGAAGUUUCUCUAAAAUAUGAUUAAGAUUUAGAGAA